GUGAAGAAAAUGUUUUUGGUUUUAUUAAGCCUAAAAUAUCGUAAUUUAACACAAUAAACUAUAUUAGUGACAUUUAAUGAGUUCCUUUCGUAGUGAGGUUUAAAAUGAAAGUGUAUUAUAGUCGUAAUGGCUAUUUUUUGUCGCAGAUUUUAUUACAAGUAUGGAAAGUGCUUAUUGAUAACAAUUUUGAUAGCGUUUUUUGCUCAAAUACUCAUCGCUAUUAAAUAUUUUCCUUCUGCUAAUGACAACUUACUGUACAAUGCACACAAAUCUUCUGCCAAGCAAGAGUUGGGAGACGUUUCGGCUCGAAAAAUUGGUCCGGGUUUCGACGAUGACGAAGAUUUCCCGGCGAAAGCCAAGGCUCAAAAUAAACCUGUCGCUCAUUUGCGGGUAGAAGAACUAGAUUUUAAACCAAUAUGCGAGAUAAGAAGUCGAGAAGCGAUAUCUGCUAUUCACAGGGCCAAGACACAAUCUUGUAAGGAACAGAUAGUCAAUAAAACUUGCUUGAUUCAGGGUGGCAGUUUUUACCCUAGAUCAUUACCAAAUAAUUGCCAAGGCAAAGGAAUGACUUAUGGAAAACAUUUAGGUUGUUAUCAAGAUGAGAAAAAGCUAAGAUUACUUUCUAGUUUUUAUGGGAAUUAUGCUAACACUAAUUCUAGGGUGGCUUGUUUGGAUAUCUGUGUACAAGCAGGAUUUCCUUAUGCCGGAGUUCAAUAUGCUUCAGAGUGUUUUUGCGGAGAGAAUGUUCCUUCUGCGUCAGCCAAGACUUCUGAUGCUGCCUGUGACAUGAAAUGUCCUGCUGACUCUUCUAGUACGUGUGGUGGCUAUUUUACAAUGAAUGUGUUUGAGACAGGACUUGCAAAAUUCAAUUCAGUUACUCCAGCAGUUUCGAGCAGCAAUGAGCCAGUCAGAAUUAUAUUUCUUUUGACAUUAAAUGGACGCGCGUUGCGACAAGUUCACAGACUAAUCAACACUCUCUAUAGAACAAGUCACUAUUUCUACAUACAUAUUGAUGCGCGCCAAGAUUACUUGUUCCGGAAACUGUUAGCACUUGAAAAACAAUUCUCAAAUAUUAGAUUGGCCAGAAACAGAUUUUCCACCAUUUGGGGUGGAGCAUCUUUGCUUACUAUGCUUUUAACGUCUAUGAAAGAUAUUAUAAAUUUAGGUUGGCAAUGGGACUUUGUAAUUAAUUUAAGUGAGAGUGAUUUCCCAAUCAAAUCUUUGGAAAACAUGGAAAGCUUCCUAGCUGCUAACAAGGGUCUCAAUUUUGUCAAAUCUCAUGGAAGAGAGGUACAAAGAUUUAUUAAGAAACAAGGACUGGAUAAGACAUUCAUUGAAUGUGAAACUCACAUGUGGCGUGUAGGUGAAAGGAAAUUACCUAGAGGAAUAAUCAUAGAUGGUGGAAGUGAUUGGAUAGCAUUGUCACCUGAAUUCGUCUCUUACAUAAUAGGUGAACAAGAUGAAUUGCUGGCCGGAUUGGAAAUCGUUUUUCAGCACACUCUUCUCCCAGCUGAAUCAUUCUUCCACACUGUGUUAAGAAAUUCUCAUUUUUGCAAUACUUAUGUUGACAAUAACUUGCAUGUGACCAAUUGGAAAAGGAAAUUAGGCUGUAAAUGUCAAUACAAACAUGUGGUCGAUUGGUGUGGAUGCUCUCCUAAUGACUUCAAGACUGAAGACUGGCCAAGAAUUCAGAACACUCAAGAUAGACAGUUAUUUUUUGCAAGGAAAUUUGAGCCUAUUAUUAAUCAGGAAAUUAUUACCAGAGUUGAAAGUUUUAUUGGAUUAAAUGACCAUCACCUUAUACAGAAUUUGGAAGCGUAUUGGCAGAGCAUUUACAACACAGAUGAUCUAACAGCUAGCACUGACGACACCCUAUUGACGCACGCAGAAAGCGUAAUUCGUCAGAAUGCAAAAAUUCUAUUUGAUAAGGGGUGCUCGUUACAUACCGAUGAGAUUAUUGAAAUAAACACGUAUAACUUUGCAGAUGUAUAUAAAGGAAAUUUGAUAUUACAUAAAGCAUUUACGGAAAAUGGAGAAAGCGUGUUGAUGGAGACUUGGUAUAAGCCACAAAAACAUUUAGAAUUAAACUUUGAAAGUAGUUAUGUAGACAACGUUAAGAUAUUUAAAGUAAGCUCACAGUAUGACCAAAAGGAAAUGAUUUUUAGAAAUUUAGGUUCUAUACUGGGUCCUCUAUCUGAACCAAAUUUAUUGUAUCGGUUUGCACCUCACUUUGAAAAGCAGUUUGAAAAUUUAACUGUUCUCUGGAUGGAUCCCGCGGGGUUAAUAGCGGAUAUUAAUUACAUCCACCUAGAAGAAAAUAAUCUUACCAAUUUUAUCAAACCCAGCCUCAAGGUGCCACUGUUGCCUGGAGUUUGGAAAGUUGGUCUUUUUGAAAGUAAGUCAAAUUUAAUAGCAUUAACUAAAUUCCUUAUUACACCAUUACAGUAUUUCUCGGGAAAAGAACUGUCUCACCAAGAAGCAAAUAUAAUACACAGUGGGUCACAGAGUGCUUACAGAAACUUUUCCCACAUAAAGCCUAUUAACUUUUUGCCUGGGCCUGACGACAGUUUAUUGUUACAAAAAAUUUCUUCUUCCAAUACUAAAAGAAUACAGCAGGAUUUGAGAGAGUGGAUAGAUGGAUUAACUUCAGACUUUUACAAUGUUUUAGGUUCAUGUGUAGCAUCAACUAGUAAUAGUCCUGACAAAAAGUUUAUUUGUGGUAAGCAUUCAUUUGAAUACUGCGAAUCUUCAGAAUGGAGCUCCUUGUCGCCAGAUCCUAAAGGGUCUAUAGGUAAAUUAAACGUUAAGACUGGUCGCCUGGAAAGGGUAUGACGAAUAAAUACUUAAUCAGACCAGAUUGAUAGAUAAAUGAGUGAACAUAUGACGAAAGUAUUAUGAGUUGUGACGGUAUAAAUUGGUUAUGGUUGUUAGUAAAAAUAUUUGUUUUAAUAUGUUUUUACAGUCAGUAGUUAU